AUGGGAAAUCAGAAGCGCCCUCGCAGCAAGCGCGGACAGCAGGGCAAGCCUACCGGGUUUGAAGAAUAUUUUUGCGACGGCCCCAUGACUCCGAUGGACCACGCUGAGAUAACCAAGCUAUAUGACUCGAAACGGCCAUUUAUCAGCCGAUUGGAAGAUGCUCUCAUGCGAUUCCAGAACAAGCGCCGCAUCGUAUCGGAGCGUAUGAAUGUUUUCCAGAAAUACUUGCAGUAUGGCGGAGUCAGCAUUGGGCCAAACUACGGCACUGGUGUGACUAAACAGGAAGUGAAAGCCAUGAGCCCCGAGGAUGCUAUGAAGGCGCGAACCGAGACUGCCGUUGAGAAGUCACGCGCAAACCUGGAAGUCAACUUCGACAAGGUGCUGCGAGGGUUCCUGAGCUCUUUUUUUAUCAGUCAUUUCAACCCAGAUACUAAGGCUGAUAUUGAGCUUGCAACAGUCACCAUCAAGAACUUCUACACCUAUCUGCUCUAUCAAAAUGUCUGUCCGGAGCACGAGGAGGAUAUUCUGCGAGCCAGGGUUACCUGCGACCUUGCAACUGCAGAGCUGUGGAAGAACGUCCAGCUUGUACAUGAAGCCCCGGGUCCCUUCAACAGAUGCUGCUCAACGCUUUUCGGUGGGUACUAUUUCGGAUCUUCGUGGAAUGACUUGGGAAAGCCCGACGACAGUUUGGAUCAUAUCCAGGCCCUGACGAUCCAGGUCGCUCACAAGGUUGUGAAGUAUGCCAUCGUGGGCGCCGGUUCUCAUGAACAAGCUACGCGUUUUAAAGAAAUGGCCAAUGAAAACACACUCACCAGCAUGAAAGUGGAGGAUAUCGAUGGCUUCGAGGUUGUGGAAGUCCUUCGGCCUGAUGACAAUGCUCGUGAUUUCUACAAUGCAUACGCAUUGGAUCUGCUUCCUGUGGGCAAAGUUCGCGCCAGGUCCUACCGGGAUCCCGCAAAGCCGCAGAUUGACAUGUCUGCCGAGGAGCGACAGGACUGGGAAAAGGGCAACGGACCGCAGUAUGACUUUGAAUUCUUCGUGGAGGCCAACCUUCUGGAGCUCUGCUACCCUGGACUGAAGGUGAUCACCUCCGUGUGGGAACUCAAUUGCGAUGUGUACUAUUUCGAUGAGAUCAUGACGACUUACCCGAGCUUUUACACCGUGAUUGCAAACGAUCUGAUGUUGAAUUGGAAAUGGCCGAAGAAGAUCAACAGGACGAAGUCGCAGCCAGACGAUGAAAUUCAAAAAUCCGUCAAAGAGGCAGUGGAUAAGAUCCUGGUAACUGGAGAAGCAGCUCAGAGUGCCAAGAAAGAGGACUCUGAUUCCGAUUCUGAUGAUGACGACUAUUGA